AUGGCAAAGGUUGAAGAGGUUUCAGAAGAGGUCGAGACCGAAGCAGGUCCCAGUAAGAAUGGCCAAGACCUCAGAUCGCUUCGCGGCCUCACUCAGCAGCUCGUGAUUCCUGAGGAACUCCUCCCGUCAUCCUCAGACAUCUCCGCAGUUAAAUUCAGAAACCAUCGCCAACACCUUAACAAUAUAGUGGAACGAAUAUCUUCCAAAAUCUCUACCGCUCCUCUAAGCUCCCUCUCAAUCGAAGACCAAGUGGAAAUUCUCUUGCCCCUUUUGAGACUGUACAAAGACGAUCUUUGGUGUACACCCAACCUGCUGGCCACAAUCGACCGAGCGACAUCAUCUCUAUCCCGCUCGGAAUUAGCCCUCCACCUUCUGAACCAUUCCCUCCGCAACACAUUCACCAACCCCCAUCCUCUCCUUCACCCAUCCACUUCACGCGCUCUACCUCGUCCUGCAGGAGGUAAAGAUGCUCAGAUAGACUUUUCAGAUGCUCCUACACCUUGGAAGACCACGGAAUCCGGGGCGCAUAAUGUUCUGAUCUGGUGUUCCGCUCAGCUCUCAUCUACAGAAUUGGAGAAGCACAUUGGGGUUCUUCUUCCUCCCACAUUGGUCAUGAUGGAUGACUGGGACCCAUCAUGGAGGGGAAAAGGAGUAAUAGUGCUGGAUUCGUGGCUUGAUUUGAUGCCCGGGGAAACGAUGCGACGAAUGGGAGUAGAUCAAAUUUUGUUGAAAAGCUUGAUUCAUACCCUCAGUCUACAUGCGAAUCCUCCAUUAUCACAUGUCCUCCCAGUGACCAUAAAACUAGUGGAGAAGAGUUUGCAAGGACAAGGGGAGAGAAGAGCUAUGAUGUAUGAGGAGAUGAUGGAUAAGGCCAUCGUGCAAGGAUGGAUAUAUGCUCCGCCGGGAGCUGAAGGGAAAAUCGUGUUGAUUGGGAUUGCUCAGAGUGUGGAGAUCAUGUGUGACGCCUUAGGAAUGGGAAUCCUCCGGUGGCUGAAGACUAUAAUACCCUAUCUACUCCAACCAUUGCAGAUGUCUCCGACAAAGACGACUUUACCCCAUAUCACAGCAAACUUGAAGGCCCUCAUCAAGGUAAUGCAGACUUUGAGAGAAACGAAGCGUAUAAUUCGAUGGAGAGGCCAAAUAAUGGACAUGACGGCAAGAUUCGUGAUACUGCUCAACGAUGCGGCUCUUCUUGGGGACUUACCGACUGAGGAUGUUGAGGAGUCCCGAGGUUUGGUCCGGGCCGUCUUGACUGAACUGGAGGUUCAGUAUCCUGCUGUGCGUCAUAUGGAAUUUCCGAAGCUGGCGAAUGUAGCACCUCCACUUCAGGACGUUAUCCCGGUAGCUCUGAGUGCAUAAAAGCAUACCGGACGACGUGGCCA